CAAAUUUAUAAAAAAGCUUUAGUUGGCAGCACUAAACAACAAUUAAGAAAAAAUCCGCAUUACAAAUUUGUUAAUCUGCUUAUUUAAAGUCCAGGCUUUAUGAGAAUAUAAAAGUAUAUUAUGUGCAAGAAAUUAUAUACAUUCAUAUAUACAUUUUCCAUUUUAUAAACUUGCACUUAACAAAAAGUGAAAAAAUCACUCCUCUGUUGAAAAAAAAAAAAACAAACUUAAAACAUAUAAAAACGAUUAACUUUUCCAAAUUACUCAAAGCACAUAACAAAGAAAAGUCUGUGUAUUGAAAAAUAUAUAAAAUUAAAUAAGAUUAGUUCUAAACUUUCUCGAGAACUUGAUUGGAAGCUAUUUGUGUCAAAGAAUCACGACAGCAAUAUUGUGCUGCUAACUAUCAUGAACAACGGCUUUAGUACAGGGGAGGAGGAUUCGCGUGGAGGUCAUACUGAUCAGACUUGCUGUUUAAUUGACGAAAAUGAGAGAUGCCGCAAUCCUGCCGGUAACGCCAGUUAUAGUAAACGUAUACAAAAAACCGUCAAAGAGAAGCGUUUAAAAUUGAGCAGCGAUCCUACUUCGCAGCACAUUUAUAUAUGCGACUACCACAAAGAUCGCAUACAAUCGGCUCGUUCAAAAAGGCGCCGUAAGGAAUCUGAGGACGAUAGCAACGACACCGACAUUGAUCUACCUGAAGCGCCAAAUCUUUAUCAGCUUCAAGUCAAUACGUUACGUCGCUACAAGCGUCACUACAAAUUGCAAACUCGUCCAGGCAUGAAAAGAGCACAACUUGCUGAUACUAUUAUGAAGCACUUUAAAACGAUACCUAUUAAGGAGAAGGAAAUUAUUACCUAUUUUGUGUACAUGGUGAAAUCUAAUUCUAAUAAGUUAGAUUUGAAGAAUGGCGUAAACAAUGAUACAACUUGAACUGCCAUUGCAUGUCGCUGUGAAUGGUUGGCUGGUGUUUUUUAGUUUACAUUUAGUGUUUUAAAAAGACAUUGGAGUUUCGGCGUUUUCUUGAAAUUUUUUUUGAUGUAUAAUUUUCAUUC